AUGGCAAGUGUACUGCAAAUAGGCUCAGCUCUUAUUUACAGUAAUGCCCUUGUGAAGACUAUUCGACUUCGUCCAAAGUCUUUCACAUGCACCGUAGUGGCCAAACCGGUACCGGCCGGUGAUGAGUCUUCGGCUGUUCCUCGUCGUUCCGCAAACUAUCCGCCUUCUCUAUGGGACCAUCACCAUCUCCUCUCGGUCGAGAAUAUAUAUGCGAAAGGGAAAAGUGUGCGAGAGAGAGACUUGUUGAAGGAAAUGGUGAGAAAGAUGCUCGUUGAUGAGAAGGCGACUUAUCUUGACAAAUUGGAGCUCAUUGACGACUUACAAAAACUCGGGGUUUCUUACCAUUUUGAGCGGGAAAUCGAUAACGUUUUAACAGAUUCUUAUCAAAAAAAUAGAAGAAUCAUCAGAACGUAUGAGAUGGAGAAAGAUCUACAUACUAUCGCACUCGAAUUCCGACUUCUAAGACAACAUGGUUUCAAUGUUUCAGAAGAUGUAUUCGAUGUUUUCAUGAAAAAAUGUGGGAAGUUUGAGAGUGGUGAUGAUAUAAAUGGACUCAUAUCUCUGUACGAGGCAUCAUAUCUUUCAACAAAGUCGGAUACUAAACUGCAAAAGUUCAUCAGACCUUUUGCAACACAGAAACUCAGAGACUUUGUGGAGACUCACAGUACUAAAGAAUUUGGAUCUUGUGAUGUCCAAGAAAUUGUGGUCCAAGCGUUGGAUAUGCCCUACUAUUGGCGAAUGAGAAGACUAGCAACGAGAUGGUACAUACAUGUGUAUGGAAAGAGACACAACAACAACGUUGUCUUAGUUGAAUUCGCCAAGCUUGAUUUCAACAUCCUACAAGCUGUUCAUCAAGAAGAACUCAAAUACGUUUCCAGCUGGUGGAGGGAAACGGGUUUAGGUAAUCAACUUCACUUUGCAAGAGAUAGAAUAGUGGAAAAUUAUUUUUGGACUAUUGGACAAAUUCAAGAGCCUCAAUUUGGGAACGUUAGACGAACAAUGACUAAAGUAAACGCACUUCUUACAAUCGUCGAUGACAUCUACGAUAUCUAUGGCACUCUUGAAGAACUUCAACUCUUCACCGUCGCAAUUGAAAAUUGGGAUGUAAAUCGUCUUGAUGAACUCCCCGAGUACAUGAGGCUGUGUUUUCUUGUUGUGUACAAUGAAGUUAAUAGCAUUGGAUGUGAUAUUCUCAGAAAUAAGCAUAUCAACGUGAUCCCUUUCCUCAAAAAGUCUUGGGCAGAUGUAUGCAGAGCAUAUUUAGUAGAAGCAAAGUGGUACAAAAGAGGACACAAACCAGAUCUGGACGAGUACAUGCAAAAUGCUUGGAUUUCCAUCUCUGCCCCAACCAUAUUUGUUCAUUUCUACUGCGUAUUCUCCGACCAGCUCUCUAUUCAGGUCUUGGAGACUUUGUCCCAACACCAACAAAAUGUUGUCCGAUGCUCUGCCUCGGUGUUCCGUCUAGCCAAUGACCUUGUAACCUCGCCGGAUGAAUUGGCGAGAGGAGACGUCUUUAAAUCCAUACAGUGUUACAUGAAUGAGACCGGAGCGUCGGAGAAGAAAGCGCGUUCGCACGUGCGUCAGAUGAUCAACGACAUGUGGGAUGAAAUGAAUUACGAGAAAAUGGCACAUAGCACUACUUCGUUACUCCCUCAGAAUUUUGUGGAAACUGUAAUGAAUUUGGCACGCAUGUCUCAAUGCAUGUACCAAUAUGGAGAUGGCCAUGGCUCUCCAGAGAAAGCCAAAAUCGUUGAUCGUGUCAUGUCCUUACUCUUUAACCCCGUUCCUUUAGAUUAA